AUGGACUGCCUUCAUCAUCUCCUUCUCUUCCUCUUCUUCUUUACCUGUGGAGUUUCCUCACCUGUGCGCGCGCGGUGGUUCGGGAGCGUUCUGAAGACUCUGCAGCUAUGCUUGUCCAUGUCAUCAGUCUCAGCUUCAUCCACCGGUGGCUUCAGUCACGAUUACAUGUUCAUCACCCCGGUCGAGGUCGACUCUCACGGAAGCUACAUCACUCACAAUUUGUUGAGGUCGAGGAACCGAAGCCGAAGGUCGCUAGAAGGAGGCGGAGGUCAUGUGCACUACCAUCUCUCUGCUUUUGGGAAGGAGUUACACUUAGAGUUGCGGCCUGCCGAUGUGAUCGCUGAGGAGUUUACGGUACAGACACUGAGCAAGGGCGGAGUCAGGGUCACACACAUCAACGCCGAUGUACGGAACUGUCUCUAUCAGGGCAGUGUGAGGAACCAUACGGGUUCUACUGCAGCUGUUUCUACCUGCACGGGACUGUCGGGUCUGAUCCGGAUGUCGAGUGAGGAGUUCUUCAUCACCCCUCUACCCAAACAUUUGGCACUGGAGCACAACUACAGCGCCCUUGCUGGACACCAUCCACACGUCAUUUACAAACGCUCAGCAGAACGGCACGUCCACGGGGACAGAACAGAUCAAUCGGACGAACAUCACCAUCACCACCAUCACCAUCGUCAUGACUACCAGCACGGGAGGUUUCAGAGGCAACACUUCUGUGGGCGCCGCAAGCAAUACACUCCUAAGCCCCCUGCAGAGGAUCAGUUCGUGAUGCCUGAUGAGUUCGAGUCUGCGGCUCGGAUAAAGCGAUCACUGAUCUCAUCUAAUAAAGUCGGAGCUCUGAAUGUGGAAACUCUGGUGGUGGCUGACAGGAAGAUGGUGGAGAAACACGGGCAGGAAAACGUCACCACCUACAUCCUCACCAUCAUGAACAUGGUCUCCAGCCUGUUUAAAGACGGCACCAUCGGUACCGAUAUUAACAUUGUGCUGGUGAGCCUUCUCCUGCUCGAGGAAGAGCCACUGGGUCUCUCCAUCUCUCACCACGCGGAUCAGACCCUAAACAGUUUCUGUCAAUGGCAAUCGGGGCUGAUGGGUAAAAACGGAAAGAGACAUGAUCACGCUGUUCUCCUCACAGGCCUCGAUAUCUGCUCAUGGAAGAAUGAACCAUGUGACACGCUGGGCUUCGCCCCCAUCAGUGGGAUGUGCAGUAAAUAUCGCAGCUGCACCAUAAAUGAAGACACCGGGCUGGGCCUCGCCUUCACCAUCGCACAUGAGUCAGGGCACAAUUUCGGGAUGAUCCAUGACGGAGAGGGAAACCCCUGCAGGAAGGCCGAGGGGAACAUCAUGUCUCCGACUCUGGCGGGGAAUAAUGGCGUGUUCUCCUGGUCAUCCUGUAGUCGCCAGUAUCUCAACCGCUUCCUGGGCACAGCUCAGGCCUCAUGUUUGGUGGAUGAACCGAAGCUGAUUGGUCAGUAUAAAUACCCCGAGAAGCUCCCGGGGCAAAUUUACGACGCAGAGACACAGUGCAAGUGGCAGUUCGGCUCCAAGGCCAAGACCUGCAGACUCGACUUCGUCAAGGACAUCUGUAAGUCGUUAUGGUGCCAUCGGGCGGGGCAUCGGUGUGAGACCAAGUUCAUGCCUGCUGCUGAGGGGACAGCGUGCGGACCGGAUAUGUGGUGUCGUAAGGGGCAGUGUGUGAAGUUCGGGGAUCACGGGCCGAAGGCGGUUCACGGUCAGUGGUCAGGUUGGUCCGAUUGGUCGAAUUGUUCCAGAAGCUGUGGGGGCGGAGUUAUGUAUCGGGAACGUUUUUGCAACAGUCCCAGGCCGCAGCACAGCGGGAGAUUCUGCCAGGGUUCGGGUCGACUGUACCAGCUGUGUAACACCGGCCCAUGUCAGCGAGACGCCGUGGAUUUCCGAGCGCAGCAGUGCGCCGAGUACAACAGCAGACCGUUCCGAGGCUGGUUCUAUAAAUGGAAACCGUACACUAAAGUGGAGGAUGAAGAUAUCUGUAAGCUCUACUGCAUCGCAGAGGAUUUCGAUUUCUUCUUUGCCAUGGCCAGCAAGGUGAAGGACGGCACGUCGUGCUCCGAUCUCGCGCCAGAUGUGUGUAUCGACGGGAUCUGUGAGUCAGUGGGAUGUGAUCAUGUUUUGGGCUCCAGCGCUGCUCUGGACGUUUGCGGUGUGUGUAAAGGAGACAACUCCACCUGCAAGCUCUACAGCGGCCGCUACAACUUACAGCACCGAGCCAACGAGUACUACCCGGUGGUGACGGUUCCUGCUGGAGCUCGGAGCGUCCGUGUUCAGGAAGUGGAGAUCUCCAGCAGUUACCUGGCGGUUCGAGGCCAAAAACGUGGUUCUUAUUUCCUGACUUCUGAUUGGACGGUGGACUGGCCGGGAAAAUUCAACUUUGCAGGAACCACGUUCUUGUAUCGGCGCUCGAGUACUGAACCUGAGAGCCUGUAUGCCCCGGGACCCACCAAUCAAACGCUGGUGUUUGAGAUCCUUGUUCAGGGUAAAAACCCAGGAGUGCUGUGGGAAUACACCCUUCCACUACAGGAGAAAAAAAACACUUACACGUGGAGAGUGAUCCGAUCAGACUGCUCCGCCUCGUGUGCAGGAGGUCGUGUGUCGGUGAAGGCCGUGUGUGUGCAGGAUGAACAGGUUCAGGUGAACUCACUGUGUGACUCUCACAGCAGACCCACGCUGGCGUCUCAGCUCUGUAACACACAGCCGUGUCCGGCCAGCUGGUCGGUGGGUAAAUGGAGCUCAUGCAGCGUGUCGUGUGGAGAAGGCCAGCAAAGUCGUACCGUCCGCUGUCUUAGAAAGGUGAUGUACCAAAGGGAGGAGUUAGCUCCACCCUCAGUAUGCCCUUCACCCUCCCCGGCUCACACACAGCCCUGCAACACACACUCCUGCCCUCCGGAGUGGGGUACCAGCGCCUGGGCACAGUGCUCAAAGACGUGUGGACGUGGUGUGAGGACACGGAGUGUGUUCUGCCACAGUGUUAAUCACGUCUCAGGUGUGUUGGUUCUCCGAGACGGCUUGUGCGAGCUCCAGCUGAAGCCCAAAGCUCAGGAGAGCUGUGUGAUGAGCCGCUGCCCUAAAAACGAACGGUUACAGUGGAUCACUACGGCCUGGGGCGAGUGCUCUGUUUCCUGUGGAGGAGGUGUGAGGAAUCGAGAGCUGCGCUGUGCAGAGAGAGACCCUCAUGGAGGUUUUACAGAAUUCCCCAUCAGGAAGUGUAGAAAUGUCCAGAAACCCCACACCGACCUCCAGCAGGCCUGUAAUAAAGUGCAGUGCCCUGCCCCGCAGCCGCACAUCCCUCCGCCCGGCCCGGGGAGAGCGAGCGGUGCCAUGGCGCUCGGCUGGUACUCAUCACCAUGGCAACAGUGUACGGUGUCAUGUGGGGGUGGUGUGCAGACACGCAGUGUUCAGUGUCUCCGACAUGGCCGACCUUCAUCAGGGUGUUUAACACACCAUAGACCCAUCGGCUCCAGAGCCUGUAACACACACUUCUGCCCUCCACCAGGACUGGCACCAGGACCUGCACUAAAAGGAGAGCAAUCGUGUGUUGAUUACUUCACCUGGUGUCGCCUGGUUCCCCAACACAGCAUGUGUCACCACAGGUUCUACAGCGAGCAGUGCUGCAGGUCGUGCUCAAUUCUCAGGAAGCUAUAGGACCCAAGGACUUUCCCAUGAGCACCCUGUCUGACUCCAACAUUCCGACGGAUACCCACAGGGCCCGAACUGGAUUUGGGGAGGAAAAUAAAACGUACAAAGAAAUGGACAAAAACAAGAAAGCAAGAGGCAGCGACGCCUGGUUCUUCCUGAAGUACUUGAUGGGCAAAAUACGUCGGUGAAAAAAAAACAAAAAAACAAAACAGACAAACAAACCUGUGUUUGUGCUGAAAUUGUGGUGGAGUUUUAAAGGGACCGGA